CAAUUUACGCGCCUCUGUCUCUGUGCGGUGAUCCUUCAUUGCUUUGGUCACAGCUCUCUUAUCCUCACCGGCAGUGAAAGUUCGGUCCUCGUGCCGCCCCCGGAGAUGCUUAAAUAGCUGUCGGUCUUCUCACCGGUUACCCCCUAGCUGUCUCCUCUUGUUCCAGACUCUUCUAGCGCUCUUCCAAGGAGUGGCCUGAGAUCACGUACGAAAAUGGCAAAGGCUGUUGCCGUUCUUGGUGGCACUGAGGGUGUCACAGGCACUGUGUACUUCACCCAGGAAGGAGAUGGCCCUACUACAGUGACUGCAAACAUCUCUGGCCUCAAACCGGGGCUUCAUGGCUUCCAUGUUCAUGCUCUGGGGGACACCACCAAUGGUUGCAUGUCUACCGGGCCGCAUUUUAAUCCUCAUGGGAAGGAACAUGGGGCACCUGAAGAUGAGAACCGCCAUGCUGGUGAUCUUGGGAAUGUGACUGCGGGCGAGGAUGGUACUGUUACUUUCAGCAUUGUUGACAACCAGAUUCCCCUCUCUGGACCAAAGUCUAUUGUUGGAAGGGCUGUUGUUGUCCAUGCUGAUCCUGAUGACCUUGGGAAGG